AUGGAGAACACCAUUCUGAGAAUGCUCACGCGGCGAGCACCUCUUCUCAAGAACAGACUACAGCCAUCGUUCUCUCAAUCACAUAAACCUCAAAGACGAGCGUUCAUGUCUAACGGACGACCCUUCUGGUCCCGGGAAAGCAAUCCUUGGACCAGAAUCCUCGGUCCCAAUGUUUCAGGGUCUUCCAUCACUGCCCGCGCAUUUCACUCAAGCCCUGAAGCUGCCCAUCGUGGCUAUAUUGGUGCGAAGCGGGUGCUCUGGACGAUGAUCGGACUCAAUACUGCAGUCUUCGGCGCGUGGCAGGUGGCGGAAGCCACCAAGAACCAUGAGCUCCUCGGUAAACUGCAUAGGCAUGCACUUCUAUCUCAGAGAAACAUCGAUUCUGGACGAUACUACACCUUCGUCACGAACGCGUUCUCUCACAAAGAUCUAGGCCACUUCGUUUUCAAUAUGAUGGCACUCCACGCAUUUGGUACUGUUGCCUCGGGUCACGGCAUUGGUGGAGUCCACAUGACAAUGCUAGCACUUGGAAGCGCAAUAGCCAGCUCUUACGCCUUGUACUAUCAACGAUCCUCAAAGGAUAAAUUCAAGAAGUCUGCUUCCGGAAUUUGGCAGCGCUUCGGAAAUGGCAACACCCGCGUCAUAGAGAUAUGGCACGGCCUCGGUGCAAGUGGCAUCGUGAUGGGCAUGGGAGCAACAGCAACAUUAUUGGCUCCUAUGGCCCGAAUUGCUGUUUUCUUCGUGCCUAUGCCGUUGUUCGUUCUCACGGCUGGCUAUGUCGCUUUCGACUUUUACCAUCUCGACUCGGAGACCAGUAGAGUUGGGCAUGCCGCACAUCUUGGUGGUCUGGCGUUCGGAGCCGCGUAUUACCUCACAAGCUUAAGAGGAUAUGGAGGCGUCUGGCAGUGGGUCCGUAGGGGGUUGAGGAGAUAG